UUUUCUCAGUGAAAACAAACGCAGCCCAUUCUUCUUCUGAUCUCUCUCAUUUGGCACCGGAUUUCCGAUGGCGAUGGCUGCGCUGCGACGGGAGGGGAGGCGCUUCCUCCUCUCCUCCAAUCCUUCCCCAGUUGUGGCUCGAUCCGCGAUCUUUUCUGAAGAAUCAAGUGCCGCCCUGGGUGUUCGGGGAGUUUCAACUCAAGUUGUGAGAAAUCGGAUGAAGAGUGUUAGGAACAUCCAGAAAAUUACAAAAGCUAUGAAGAUGGUUGCAGCAUCGAAGCUGAGGGCAGUGCAAGUCAGGACUGAAAACUCUCGUGGCCUUUGGCAGCCAUUUACUGCACUCCUUGGGGAUGCCCCGAGUGUUGAUGUGAAGAAGAAUGUUAUUAUUACGAUUUCCUCUGACAAAGGUCUUUGUGGAGGCAUCAAUUCAACGUCUGUCAAGAUCAGCAAAUCUCUUUUCAAAGUGACCUCUGGCCCUGAGAAGGAAACAAAGUAUGUUGUUUUGGGGGAGAAGGGUAAGGUUCAGCUGAUGCGUGACUCAAAGAAUCAUAUUGAGAUGACCAUAUCUGAGUUGCAGAAGAAUCCUCUUAAUUUUACUCAGGUUUCAGUUCUUGCGGAUGAUAUCUUGAAGAAUGUCGAAUAUGAUGCUUUGAGGAUUGUAUAUAACAAGUUCCAGUCAGUCGUCCAAUUCCUGCCCACUAUUAACACAAUAUUGUCUCCUGAGAUUGUCGAGAGAGAGUCUGAAGCUGGUGGCAAGCUUGGUGAUUUGGAUUCAUAUGAAAUUGAAGGGGGUGAAACCAAAGCUGAAAUUCUUCAGAAUCUUGCAGAGUUCCAAUUUUCUUGUGUUCUGUUUAAUGCAGCGCUGGAAAAUGCAUGCAGUGAAUUAGGAGCGAGGAUGUCGGCUAUGGACAGUUCCAGCAGAAAUGCCGGUGAAAUGCUUGAUCGCCUUACACUCACUUACAACAGGACUCGCCAAGCAUCGAUCACGACAGAGCUGAUUGAGAUUAUAUCAGGAGCAUCAGCUCUCGAGGGCUAGACUUGAAUCACGGACUUUAAUCUUUAUGUUGUUUUCUUGUUCAACAUCGAUCUCUUUUUUUCUGCAACAAUAACAUCCCAGAGAUGUGUCAAUUAAUGCCUUUGGGAUUAAACUUCCAUUACUUUUGUCACUGGUGAAUUUUCUCAUGCUCUUUUUGCAAUGUAUCCCUGUGGGAAAUGUUAGAUUGUUGUUUAAUUUUACACUUAUCUUUUUCUAUAAUUACCAGGAAGUUUUCA